AUGGCAGGAUUCAUGGCACCGACAGCCUCCGGGUCCGAUCUGCACUCGAACCUAAGUUCGACAAUGGCAGCAACUUCCUCCUCGUCCCUCAGCUCUCUCACAGACUAUUCCACAUACCCACUGAUGCGGCAUGGCGACCGCACCUACUUUCGCGACCCGGAGAACGUCUAUCCCCUGCCCUGCGACUUGUCCGAAAUCCACCGCCAAAGCCUGCGCACGAUGAUGCUGCUGCGCGUCCUCGGCGGACCAUUCUGCAACCCCCACCUAGCCAACAACCCGCCAAAACGCAUCCUGGAGAUCGCAUGCGGGUCCGGGCUGUGGUCCGGGCUGUGCCACGAACACUUUGCUCGCAGGGGCCAGCCAAACGUGGCCUUUGCGGGAAUCGACGUCGUCUCCAUUGCGCCGGAUUUGCGCAAACAGGGAAUGAACUGGCAGUUCAAACGACAUGACCUGCGUCGUCCUCGCCUCCCUUUCCCAGACGACUAUUUCGAUUUCGUUUUUAUAAAAGAUGCCGGCAUGUGCCCUUCCAGUCCCGCGCAGUCGGCAUCCGGCUUGAGUGAGCCGUUACGCGUGCUGAAAUCUGGGGGCAUUUUGGAGGUGUGGGAUUCAGAUUGGAGUUUCCGCUCUCUGUUGCCCAAUCCGGCACCAGCGCGCAAAACAACUUCCAAAGAGCAGGAGAUUGCCGACACGACGGCAACCUAUACUUUUUCACCUGCCACGCCUUUCACGAGGGCACAGAAUAAAUUCCUCGUCGAUUAUAACUCCUGGGUGGAGAAAUCGUUCGACAGACGCAAGUUGACAGCGCUACCGUGCGCUACUAUCGGGCUUUCAUUCAACUCCGAAGUCGACCUGUUGGAAAACGUGGACAGUCGGCGUGUCGCAAUCCCACUCGGGGAAUUGCGAUGGGAGCGAGAUGGCCAGGGCAACGAUUCCAAGGGCCGCCCACGCAAGGCCCUCACGCCAGAGCAAAUAUCCAUCCGGCGCACAGCCCUCCUCACAACGAUCCAAAUGAUCGAAGGACUGGAGCCACUGCUGAUGGAAUCCAGCGGAAAGAGCCGCGACGAAUGGGAUCGCUGGUGGGCGGCGAUGACAGCCGACCUCUUGCAGAAAGGCGGACUUGCCAGCGGCGAGUGUCUGGAAGUAAGUGCCUGGUGGGGUCGAAAAAAGUGA